GUGAGUGGGGAUCGCUUCCUUCAAAUGAGGGUGCUGUAGAAAAACGAGCGCACCCUGUCUGUAGUCGCCGAUGUCGGAUUUACGGAAGAGGAGUCCGAGGCGUGGCUGAGGUACUUCCGUCUUUUACGGCACAAAAAUGACAGCGACCCUGCGCCCCUACUUGAAUGCUGUCAGGGCCACCCUGCAGGCGGCCCUCUGCCUGGAGAACUUCUCCUCUCAAGUGGUGGAGCGUCACAACAAGCCAGAGGUGGAGGUCAGGAGCAGCAAGGAGCUGCUACUUCAGCCAGUGAUGAUCAGCCGUAAUGAAAAGGAGAAGGUUCUCAUUGAGGGAUCUAUAAACUCUGUCAGAGUCAGCAUUGCUGUGAAACAGGCUGAUGAGAUUGAGAAGAUUCUUUGCCAUAAGUUCAUGCGCUUCAUGAUGAUGAGAGCUGAGAACUUCUUCAUUUUGAGGAGGAAGCCAGUAGAGGGAUAUGACAUUAGCUUCUUGAUCACCAACUUCCACACGGAGCAGAUGUACAAACACAAGCUGGUGGACUUUGUCAUUCAUUUCAUGGAAGAAAUCGACAAGGAGAUCAGUGAGAUGAAGCUGUCCGUUAAUGCCAGGGCCCGUAUUGUUGCAGAAGAGUUCCUCAAGAACUUCUGAGGAUGUCCGUGGUCCCACGCAAGCUGGAUGACACUCAAAGGGCCAAUCAGCGCAAGAGUCUGUGAGGAGAUGAGAGGAACGUGACCAAUCUGGCAAUAACACCUGUUUCACCCAUCUUGUGUCCCUGUACACAUGAAUAUCAAUGACUGUAUAUAAUGAAAUAUUUACCAGUUUCAUUUUCAGCCACUUAGAACAAAUCCCCAAUUGAAGGCGGGUCCUUAAAGUAUUAAUCAAGUUGAUAGUCAUGAAUACAGGGCCGUUAAGGAUGGGCUGCCACAUAUAAAAGGGCCAGGGUUUUAUAUUACGUGUAUGUGAGUCUAUGGUGUGUCACUGUUUUAGAUUUGUCUCCAAAUUUCUUUGUUCAGGCAACUCCCAUUCAACAAAAAUGGCCUCCAUGGUGUUUAAUCGCAUGGAGGCAGAUCUGCCUAGAAAGAAGGCCGCCAAAACCCAUGUAUAACAACAAUAAAGCUAAUAAAAUCAGCGGUUUGUAAAAUACUG